CCGUUCCUCUUGGCAAAAACGAAACAAUCAUUUGCAAUUUUGUAUCACCACAUUCCGCAGGCACAUGUCUGAAAUAGGUGGUCAAAGUCCCAGCAGGCAUCGAGUAGGGUUCGCCCUCGAACCCAAGAAAGUGCAGAGCUUCCUCCAAAACUCCCUAAUUGACCAUGCCAAAAAUCACGCCAUUGAACUCAUACCAAUCGACCUCACCACAGCCAUACACCAACAACUCCCAUUCCACUCCAUCAUCCACAAACUCCACUCCCCUCAAUGGACCCAACAACUCCGCGGACUUGAUUCGGUGAACCUGCGGUUCCCGGUGAUAGCGAAGCCCUUGGCAGCCGACGGGAGCGCGAGUUCCCAUAAUCUAUGCUUGGUCUUUGACCGUGAAGGGUUGAAAUCCCUAAAUUACCCUGUGGUGGUGCAAGAGUUCGUGAACCACGGUGGCGCGGUUUUCAAGAUCUACGUUGCGGGGAGGCACGUGACUUGCGUGAGGAGGAAGUCGUUGGCGGAUAUAACGGAGGAAGAGAUUAAGAAUCUGAAGGGGGCGGUGCCAUUCUCUCAGGUGUCAAACGUGAAGGGGUCACGUGAGCAGGAGGAGGAAGGGGAUGGUGUUGAAAUGCCUCCUGAGGGGUUGGUGAGUGAGUUGGGAAGGGGGUUGAGGGAGGCUUUGGGGCUUAACCUCUUCAACGUUGAUGUGAUUAGAGAUGCCAAUGACGAGAAAAGGUAUCUCGUUAUUGAUAUCAAUUACUUUCCUGGCUAUGCUAAGUUGCCAUGUUAUGAGACAUUUUUCACCAAUUUCUUGUUGGAUGUUGUACAUGGCAAAAACACCGUCUAGGUGCUGCUAGCAGCAGAUGUUGUUAGCACUCUUGUCUAAUCAUUUUCUUUAAAAGCCUAAUUGGGCUCCUUUAGUGUUUUCUUUUCUCUGUUUUUUCGAAAAUAAUAACGUUGUCUCUACUUACAAAAUCCCCAUUUUCUUUGUUUCCCACCUUGUGGACAAAUAUAAAAUCAUUUCCGACUGGAGAAGGAAAAAAAAGAAGACUUGGAGUAGUAAUAAUUUGAUUAUAAGUGUA